AGCUGCAAGUGGCGGGCGCCCGGGCAGAUGCGAUCCAGCGGCUCCGGGGGCUGCAGCGGUGGUGGCAGCUGGCACCUCCCGCCGCUGCUGUCCAGAGGGCCGCGGGGCACCGAGGCGCUUCCUGGGCGCCCUUUGGCUGGCCACCCAAAGCCACGGGCGCUGCGGGUGGGUGAGGCAGAGGCAGCCAGCUUUCGGGUGCCCCUGCCCUGAACGCGUUUGCUCCACGGCCGCCGCCGGGCAGUGCUGGUGCCGGCGAACUCCAAGGAGCCACGACGUGGGCGAGGCAAGGACGCUGCAAACUUGCGCAGCGGCGGCCACUGAGGCUCGGAUUCGCGCCCAGAAGUUGGGCGGCCAGUGCAGUCCGAGGACUUCUCGCAGCCGAGGUCGCUGGAGGGUGCACCAGGCAGCAGCUCCCGCCCUCGACUCCCGCGCGGAGCGGAAAGAGGAGCUCGGGGCAGCCGAAAGGAGCACGGGAGCAGGCAGGACAGCAGGCACCGCCUCGGAGCCACCGUUCUCAGCUCGAAAGUUACCCAGGAUUGGAGCCCGCCCCGGGAGGGGACAGACGCGAGCUCCGGCCAGGGACAGGAGAGGACGGUACCCACUGCCACCUCCCUUCAACCACAGUAGUUCCUCAUUCUGAGAGCAGCGAGCUGCAGACAGGGGCGCGGUGCUCCGCAGCGAGCGAGAGGCACCGGGUUCCAGCUGUUGAACCUGGGUGCUACAGGGUCUCUGGACUCGCCCCUGGGCUUCCAGCCCCGUCUUAUUUGGACACCUGCCUGCCUCUUCGCAGUAGGGGACAGCCACAGAAUUGCGUGCAUGCACAUUCUCCGGAGAUCAGGUGCAAGGAGCCGUUCAGGACCAAGGACUGCCUGAAGCCUCUUCCCAUUUGGGGAAAGUGAAGGGCGAGGCUGGGCUAGGCAGAGUCAGACACUAGUAUAAACAGCCUCCUCUGGCGGGAUGGAAGCCUCCGUGCUCCUUUGGCUGCUGCUGCCACUGCUUUCAACCGCAGCCUUGGGCUCGGGGACUGGAACCGGCCCGCGCUCGGGCUUGCAGGCUGUGGGGCCACCGCUGCAACCCCGGGAGCCGCUCAGCUACUCGCGCCUGCAGAGGAAGAGUCUGGCGGUGGACUUCGUGGUGCCUUCGCUCUUCCGAGUCUACGCCCGGGACCUGCUGCUGCCGCCGUCCCCCUCGGAGCUGAGGGCUGGCCGACCCGAGGCUCGUGGCUCGCUGGCUCUAGACUGCGCCCCGCUGCUCAGGCUGCUGGGGCCGCCGCCUGGGGUCUCUGGGACUGUGGGCUCUAGCUCGCCAGCCCCGGCCGCGGCCCGCACGCUGUCCAGGGUGCUGAAGGGAGGCUCGGUGCGCAAGCUCCGGCGCGCCAAGCAGCUGGUGCUGGAGCUGGGAGAGGAGGCAAUCCUGGAGGGUUGCGUCGGGCCCCCAGAGGAGCCAGCUGCCGGGCUGCUCCAGUUCAACCUCAGUGAGCUGUUCAGCUGGUGGAUUCAUCACGGCGAAGGGCGGCUGAGGAUCCGCCUAAUGCCCGAGAAGAAGGCAUCGGAAGUGGGCAGAGAGGGACGGCUGUCCACGGCAAUCCGCGCCUCCCAACCUCGACUUCUCUUCCAGAUCUUCGGGACCGUUCAUAGCUACUUGGAGUCACCAACAAACAUGCCGUCUCCUCCUCCUGAUUAUUUUGCAUGGAAUCUGACCUGGAUAAUGAAAGAUUCCUUCCCUUUCCUGUCUCAUCGCAGCCGAUAUGGUCUGGAGUGCAGCUUUGACUUCCCCUGUGAGCUGGAAUAUUCCCCUCCACUGCACAACCUCAGAAACCAGAGCUGGUCCUGGCGCCACGUCCCCUCGGAAGAGGCCUCCCAGAUGGACUUGCUGGACGGGCCUGAGGCAGAGCGUUCCAAGGAGAUGCCCAGAGGCUCCUUCCUCCUCCUCAACACCUCAGCAGACUCCAAGCACACCAUCCUGAGCCCCUGGAUGCGGAGCAGCAGUGAGCGCUGCACGCUGGCCGUCUCCGUGCACAGGCACCUGCAGCCCUCAGGGCGGUACGUCGCCCGGCUGCUGCCCCACAACGAGGCCGGAAGAGAGAUCGUCCUGGUGCCCACUCCAGGGAAGCAUGGCUGGACAGUGCUUCAUGGAAGAAUUGGGCGCCCAGAGAACCCAUUCCGAGUGGCCCUGGAAUACAUCUCAAGUGGAAACCGAAGUUUGUCUGCAGUGGACUUCUUUGCCCUGAAGAACUGCAGUGAAGGAACAACCCCGGGCUCCAAGAUGGCCCUGCAGAGCUCCUUCACUUGUUGGAAUGGGACAGUCCUUCAGCUCGGCCAGGCCUGUGACUUCCACCAGGACUGCGCCCAGGGAGAAGACGAGGGCCAGCUAUGCCGUAAACUCCCUGCUGGUUUUUACUGCAACUUCGAAGAUGGCUUCUGCGGCUGGACCCAAGGCACUCUCUCACCCCACACUCCGCAGUGGCAGGUCAGGACCCCAAAGGAUGCCCCGUUUCAGGACCACCAAGGCCGUGCCCUAUUGCUCAGCACCACUGAUGUCCCCACUGCUGAAAGCGCUAUGGUGACCAGUGCUACGUUUCCCGCACCAAUGAAGAACUCUCCAUGUGAGCUCCGGAUGUCCUGGCUCAUCCGUGGAGUCUUGAGGGGAAACGUGUCCUUGUUGCUGGUGGAGAACAAAACCGGGAGGGAACAAAGCAGGCUGGUCUGGCAGGUCGCCGCCAGCGAAGGCUUGAGCCUGUGGCAGUGGACGGUGCUGCCUCUCCUGGACGUGUCUGACAGGUUCUGGCUGCAGAUAGUCGCAUGGUGGGGACAAGGAUCCAGAGCCACUGUGGCUUUUGACAACAUCUCCAUCAGCCUGGACUGCUACCUCACCAUCAGUGGAGAGGACAAGAUGUCACAGAAUGCAGCACCCAAAUCAAGAAAUCUGUUUGACAGAAACCCAAACGUGGAGCUGAAACCCCUGGAAAAUAUACCAAGACAGACCCCCGACUUUGACCCUACAGUUCAAUGGCUGUUCACCACGUGCGGGGCCAGCGGGCCCCACGGCCCCACCCAGGCCCAGUGCAACAACGCCUACCAGAACUCCAACCUGAGCGUGGUGGUGGGGAGCGAGGGCCCACUGAAGGGCAUCCAGAUAUGGAAGGUGCCAGCCACCGACACCUACAGCAUCUCUGGCUACGGAGCCGCUGGCGGGAAAGGCGGGAAGAACACCAUGAUGCGGUCCCAUGGCGUGUCUGUGCUGGGCCUCUUCAACCUGGAGAAGGACGACACGCUGUACAUCCUGGUCGGGCAGCAGGGGGAGGACGCCUGUCCCAGUACAAACCAAUUAAUCCAGAAAGUCUGCAUCGGAGAGAACCACGUGAUAGAGGAAGAAAUCCGCGUGAACAGGAGUGUGCACGAGUGGGCAGGAGGAGGAGGAGGUGGGGGCGGAGCCACCUACGUAUUUAAGAUGAAGGACGGAGUGCCCGUGCCCUUGAUCAUUGCAGCCGGGGGUGGCGGCAGGGCCUACGGGGCCAAGACAGACGCGUUCCACCCAGAAAAACUGGAGAAUAACUCCUCCGUGCUAGGGCUCAACGGCAAUUCCGGAGCCGCAGGUGGUGGAGGUGGCUGGCAUGAUAACACUUCCUUGCUCUGGGCUGGAAAGUCUUUGCUGGAGGGUGCCACCGGAGGACAUUCCUGCCCCCAGGCCAUGAAGAAGUGGGGGUGGGAGACCAGAGGGGGUUUCGGAGGGGGUGGCGGGGGGUGCUCCUCCGGUGGAGGAGGCGGAGGAUAUAUAGGCGGCAACGCAGCCUCGAACAAUGACCCUGAAAUGGACGGGGAGGACGGGGUUUCCUUCAUCAGUCCCCUGGGCGUCCUGUACACCCCGGCUUUAAAAGUGAUGGAGGGCCACGGGGAAGUGAACAUUAAGCAUUACCUAAACUGCAGUCACUGUGAGGUAGACGAAUGUCACAUGGACCCCGAGAGCCACAGGGUCAUCUGCUUCUGUGACCACGGGACGGUGCUGGCUGAGGACGGCGUCUCCUGCAUUGUGUCGCCAACCCCGGAGCCCCACCUGCCGCUCUCGCUGGUGCUCUCCGUGGUGACCUCCGCCCUCGUGGCCGCCUUGGUCCUGGCUUUCUCUGGCAUCAUGAUCGUGUACCGCCGGAAGCACCAGGAGCUGCAGGCCAUGCAGAUGGAGCUGCAGAGCCCUGAGUACAAGCUGAGCAAGCUCCGCACCUCGACCAUCAUGACUGACUACAACCCCAACUACUGCUUUGCCGGCAAGACCUCCUCCAUCAGCGACCUGAAGGAGGUGCCGCGGAAAAACAUCACUCUCCUGCGGGGUCUGGGCCAUGGCGCAUUUGGGGAGGUGUAUGAAGGCCAGGUGUCUGGAAUGCCCAGCGACCCCAGCCCCCAGCAAGUGGCUGUAAAGACGCUGCCCGAGGUGUGCUCCGAGCAGGACGAGCUGGAUUUCCUCAUGGAAGCCCUGAUCAUCAGCAAAUUCAACCACCAGAACAUUGUGCGCUGUAUCGGGGUGAGCCUGCAGGCCCUGCCCCGGUUCAUCCUGCUGGAGCUCAUGGCAGGCGGAGACCUCAAGUCCUUCCUCCGAGAGACCCGCCCUCGCCCGAGCCAGCCCUCCUCCCUGGCCAUGCUGGACCUUCUGCACGUGGCUCGGGACAUUGCCUGCGGCUGUCAGUAUUUAGAGGAGAACCACUUCAUCCACCGGGACAUUGCUGCCAGGAACUGCCUCUUGACCUGUCCAGGCCCUGGAAGAGUGGCCAAGAUUGGAGACUUUGGAAUGGCCCGAGACAUCUACAGAGCAAGCUACUACAGGAAGGGAGGCUGUGCAAUGCUGCCCGUUAAGUGGAUGCCCCCCGAGGCCUUCAUGGAAGGAAUAUUCACUUCUAAAACAGACACGUGGUCCUUUGGAGUGCUGCUGUGGGAGAUAUUUUCUCUUGGAUAUAUGCCAUACCCUAGCAAGAGCAACCAGGAAGUUUUGGAGUUCGUCACCAGUGGAGGACGGAUGGAUCCACCUAAGAACUGCCCUGGGCCUGUAUACCGGAUAAUGACUCAGUGCUGGCAACAUCAGCCUGAAGACAGGCCCAAUUUUGCCAUAAUUUUGGAGAGGAUUGAAUACUGCACCCAGGACCCAGAUGUAAUCAAUACCGCUUUGCCGAUAGAGUAUGGUCCACUUAUGGAAGAGGAAGAGAAAGUGCCCGUGCGGCCCAAGGACCCCGAGGGGAUCCCUCCUCUCCUAGUCUCCCCUCAACAGGCCAAGCGUGAGGAGGAGCGCGGUCCAGCUGCCCCACCUCCUCCGCCUACCACCUCCUCUGGCAAAGCUGUUAAGAAACCCACAGCGGCAGAGGUCUCUGUCCGAGUCCCUAGAGGGCCGGUUGCGGAAGGGGGACACGUCAACAUGGCAUUCUCUCAGUCCAACCCACCGUCGGAGCUGCACAAGGUCCAGGGAUCCAGAAACAAACCCACCAGCUUGUGGAACCCAACUUAUGGCUCAUGGUUUACAGAGAAACCCACCAAAAAGAACAAUCCUGUAGCCAAGAAGCAGCAACAGGAGAGGGGAAACCUGGGGCGCGAGGGAAGCUGUACUGUCCCACCCAAUGUUGCGACUGGUAGACUCCCUGGGGCCUCUCUGCUCCUAGAGCCGUCUUCGCUGACUGCCAACAUGAAGGAGGUGCCUCUGUUCAGGCUACGUCACUUCCCCUGUGGGAAUGUCAACUACGGCUACCAGCAACAGGGCUUGCCUUUGGAGGCCACCACUGCCCCUGGAACUAGUCACUACGAGGACACCAUUCUGAAAAACAAGAAUAGUGUGAACCAGCCUGGGCCCUGAGCCGGCGCACUCGUUCUCUUCCCUGGGAGCCCUGAGCCCUUGGAGGAGGCAGAGGUAACGGCUCCUCCAUAAACCAGAGACCAAACGUCACUUUUCAUUUUGUGCCAACUUGUUUUGAAGUGCCACAUAAAGAGCUGUAAUUUCAAAAUGCUUUAGAAAGGUUUUGAGCAUGGGUUCAUCCUAUUCUUUCGAAAGAAGAAAAUAUCAUAAGAACGAGUGAUAAAUAUAAGGCCCAGAUGUGGUUGCAUAAGGUUUUUAUGCAUGGUCGCUGUAUACUUCCUUAUGCUUCUUUUAAAUUGUGUGUGCUCUGCUUCAAUGUAGUCAGAAUUAGCUGCUCAUGUGUCUCAUAGUCGGAGUCAUAGACGUUUCCUGACCUUGUUGAUGUGGACAUGAACCAUUUGACGGGAGAGGGAACAGAAAUAAAGGAGUUACCUGUAAUGACU